UGUACCUCGAAGACGCGCCAUUGGAACGUUAUUGAUAUGACUUUGCCUACAUAAUAUAAACAGGCCCUAGGUCUCCCCCGAGCAGUGCCAUGUAACCGGUGUCGAGAAUCUUUGCUUUGUCCCUCAUUGAAUUUCCAAGCCUCUCAAAUCACUCGCCAACAUGUCGAUUCGAUCUCUCUUCCAGGCCUGUCUGCUGAGCCCCCUGGCUUCUGUUGCCCUUGCAAAACCUCUCGUUGGCAGAUCUGGCACGUUUGCUGAGUCCCAAAGGCUUGCCGACCCCAGUUACGGCCCAAUCCCCGGACAAGACCCGGUCUUCAGCACGUACUAUGGUGUCGAGGCCCCCUUUCCCGGAAACUUGAAAGACCCCAUCCUACCGACGAAGCAAGGCCCGCCAGGGGUUGACGAUCAAGUCUGGCAGAACCUACUAUCGGCCGAAUGGAUCAUCUUCAGCUUCUACCAACAGGCCGUUGAGGCCUUCAACGAGACGUCCUUCAUCAAGGCCGGCAUGCCCAACAGCACAUACAAGCGCAUCCAAGAGAUCCGGAACAACGAAGCCGGCCACCUGCGCAUCUUCCAGACCCUGAUCUCCCCCACAUCCAUCAAGCCCGGCGGAUGCAAAUACCAAUUCCCCUUCUACGACCCCAUCUCCUUCCUCGCCCUCGUGACCGUCCUCGAAGUAUCCAGCAUGGCCUUCCUGACGGGCCUCGUGCAGCAGACCCAACUUGCCACCUCCCAGGGGGCCAUGAUCGCCAUCGCCGAAACCGAGGCCCGCCACGAAGUCUGGAGCUUAAUCGAGAUCUGGAAGACGAACCCGUUCGGCGGGCCCUCCGACACCACCUUCCCCUACGCGAACCAGAUCCUCGACACCACCACCGCCUUCAUCGUCCCCGGCAGCUGCCCCAAGCUAAACCCGCAGUACCCGUCCCCGCGCCAGGGCCUGCCCGCCCUCAGCGCGACCCACGACACGAAGUCGCUGACGCCGGGCUCCACGAUCGGGCUCAACUUCACCGACCCGACCAACCAGCCGCAGUUCGCGUCCGGCCAGGACUACUACGCCGUCUUCUUCCACGGCAUCGCGAACAUCAGCGUGCCGAUCAACACGACGGGGUUUCCCGAGGAGAUCAUUCGCGUCACGAUCCCGAAGGAGUUCGAGACGAAGGGAGUCAUUGCGGCGGUCAUCGCGGAUACGCCGGGCGCGCCGACGAAGGAGACCGUUGUUGCGGGACCGGGCAUCAUCCUGGAGCAGCCGGCGGAGCUUGCUACGCAGCUUAUCUGAAGGGGUUUAGUCUGAUGUUGGGAGCUACGUGGAUAUGGUGCAGAAAAAAUGGAAUAUAUAGAUGGAGGUUUGGAUACAGUUCGUGACUAUACUUACAGGCGGGCAUCGCUUAGAUACCUCCUGGCCUUACACUGCUAUAACUUUUGUUAAUGUCAAUGUCUAAUUACGUUCCACUUCAUUCAUGAGAACUGUGC